AUGGCCACGCCUGCGCGGGUUAAAACCCGCAUUUGCAUGAUCUCCGAUACCCACACGAACGUGCCUCUCCCCGCCGACGACAAAGAGCACGCAUUCCGAGACCCGCUUCCAAAAGCCGACGUCCUUCUCCAUGCCGGCGAUCUUACCAAAGUCGGCUACACAGUCGAGUACGAGGCUACGGUCUCGAUGCUCAAGGCUGCAGACGCUGAGCUGAAGCUCGUUAUCGCCGGCAAUCACGAUAUCACCCUCGACGAAGAACACUUCACGACUUUCGGCUACAGACGCCAUCGCAAACCCAUUCGCCUCGGCUCCGCACCACCAGUCCUCGAGGAUGACGAACAAUCACUUAUGCAAACCAUCCGCACUGGUUCCACACCUUCCACAGAAGACAUGAAGGCCUACGUCCGUCGCGUGAAGGACCUCUGGACCAACCAGUCGGCUCGGGACGCUGGCAUUCGCUAUCUUGAAGAAGGCGUACACUCAUUCACCCUAUCCAAUGGCGCAAAACUCACCGUCUAUGCCUCACCAUACCAACCAGAGUUCUAUAAUUGGGCUUUUGGCUAUCCCCGCAGCGAAGACCGCUAUAACCCUCCCUCCCCAGGCGCCACAAACUCAGACCCACCUGCCAAUCCGGUCCCUGACCACCCAAACAUCGACAUCAUGCUAACACAUGGUCCACCGGCAGGGGUUCUCGAUCUAGUGGGCACCGGCGAGGUCAUUGACCGUCAUGGGGUUGCAACAGAAAACCAUGUGGGCUGUGCGCAUCUUCUCCGCGCGGCGGAGCGUGCCCGUCCCCGCAUCUACCUUUUCGGACAUAUCCAUGAAGGCUGGGGCGGGGUGCGUGGUACGUGGGAUACCCUUGUCGAUGGCGGUGUCAAGCAGGAGCCUAUUGUUACAAAUGAAGAAGAGAUGCUGACGAAUCGCGGUGUGUUCUACGAUAUGAGCUCAGAAAGUGGCGACAAGCCGCUCGAAUUCGGAAAGGAAACGCUUUUCAUAAAUGCCAGUAUUUGCACUCUCUCCUACCGCCCCAAGAAUGCGCCUUGGGUUGUUGAUUUGGAUCUUCCUUUGGCUGGGACCGAAGACCAGGCAGGUGUAAGCAUAGACUCUGAAUGA